AGGACUUCUGGUUUGUUGGUUGUGACAAUUUAACUCUAACUGUAAUCGACAAAUAACAGGAUCGGUAGUGCGUUGUGAUUGUAACAGACUUAAUUUGAAAAUGAUUAGUGAAACUUAUGGGGAAACCCUGAUUUGAAAAAUCAGGAAAAAUUAAAAAAAAUUAGCAGGAAUUAAAUGUACAACUUAACUGCUGGCGUUUUUAUGUCGUUAUUCGAAUUGUUUCGGAGGAAUUGAUUAAUUGAACCAAUAAUGGGAACAAUAAGCAAGGCUGCAUUCAAUCAAGAUAUUGCGGAACUUGUUGAGAAAACAGCGGAUUUGGACCUGAGGUACCAGUGGCAGUUUAAUGAUUACAGAAAUGAGCAGUUUUUAUCGAACAGUUCAGUACUGGAAUUGAACGGCGAAACGAUUUUACGCACAUUUCAUAUUACUUAUAGUGAAAGCUAUGGAGUUCCCAUACUGUGGUUUAUUUUUAGUCGGCAAACCGGUGCUUUAUUAAGCAUAGAGGAAAUUUUGGAACUAAUGCCUGCUGAUAAACAGAAAGCAAUAUCGGCAGAUUGUCUAACUUCAAUAUCCCAACGCGAGCAUCCUGCUUUCAACCUUCUUUUCUACCACUUUCACCCUUGUAGGACAGCAGAUGUUAUGAAGAAUGUCCGCUAUGAUAAUUAUGUUAUUAGCUGGCUAUCAAUUUUCGGCUCACUUUUGCAUUUGUUACCGCUACCAAAUGAAAUAUUUAUGAAAAAAUGAUGUUGUAACAGCUACUGGAGUAAACAACUAUGGUCUUUCUUGAUGUUUAAAAUCAUUAAUUCUAUUUUGAAUUUUCAGUCAUUUGAUAGUACUGCAUUAAGGAAAAAGACUGGGUGAUUCCAAAAUUAAUACAUUUGCUGGUAGCAGUUUAUUGCAUUUGUCUUGUUCAGGUGAUAGCAAUAUGUUUGUCAUUGUUAUUGGAUGGGAAGGAAGAAGGAAUAAUGCAUUUAUUUCAGCUUUACAUUUGUUGUCAUCAAUUUUAUACCCUUUCUUUAUUUAUGUAUAUUUUAAUAAAAAAUACUCC